AUGGCUCAGCCAUUUGGAAAAGCCAUAGCAAAACCACCACCUUCUUCUUCUUCUUCCUCCACAAUUCCAAUUCCAAAUCUCUCCCUGUUAACCUCCAUCGCCUCAAUCCUUCAAAACCUAAAUCCCAAAAUCCCAGAUUUCUCACCCCUCAUUCAAUUCUCCCCUUACCUCACUCCAAACUUGGUCAUUCACGUGAUCAAGAACCAAAAGAAUCCCCACCACGCGCUUCACUUCUUCAACUGGGCCUCCAACCCCAACCCCAACCCUAACAACUACUCCCACACCCCCUUCUGCUACGCCGCCAUCACCGACCUCUUGCUCUCCCACUCCCUCUUCUCCACAGCCUACUCCCUCCUCCGUCACUCCAACAAACUCUCUGACUCCCUCAUCUGCAAGUUCAUCAACGCGCUCGGCCACCGCGGCGAUAUCAGGGGCGCCAUUCACUGGUUCCACAAAGCCAAAAACUUGGGACGAGGACAUUGCGUCUACUCAUGCAACGCCAUCUUGGGCGUGCUCGUCAGGGCCAACCGAGUCAAUAUUGCCAAGGCCAUCUACGAUCAGGUCCUCGCAAAAGCUGUGGUGGAACCCGAUGUUUACACUCACACCACCAUGAUUCGUGGGUUUUGCAAAGUGGGCAUGGUCGACAGUGCGAUCAAGGUGUUCGACGAAAUGCGCUGCGAACCCAAUAUAGUUACUUACAACACGUUGAUCCACGGGUUUUGUAAGAGAGGUCAGAUGGAGGGUGCCAGGUGGAUUUUUGACAAAUUGAUCGAGAGUAAGAAUUGUGCGCCGGAUGCGUUGAGUUUCACCACUUUGAUUUAUGGGUAUUCGAAGAGGGGUGAAUUCCAAAAGGCGCUGGAGUGUCUGAAGGAGAUGGUGGAACGAGGAUGUUCUCCGAAUGUUGUUACCUACAAUACAUUGAUUGAAUGUCUUUGUUUGAGCGGAGAAGUGGACGAAGCAAAGAAAAUGAUGAGUAGGAUGCGGUUGAAUGGUUUGAAAGACAAUGUCGCCACAAACACUAGCUUGUUGAAGGGGUUGUGUAUUGUGGGAAAGUCUGAUGAAGCUGUCAAGCAUUUGAGGGAAAUGGUUAGUCGCGGGAUGAAGCCGGAUGUGAAAGCGUAUGGGGUUGUUGUGAAUGAGUAUUGCAAGAUUAGAAAACCAAGAGAAGCAGUGUCACUUCUCAGAGAAAUGGUGGCGAGGGGUGUUAAGCCAAGUGUGUCAAGCUUCAAUGCAGUGUUUAGAGUUCUUGUGGAUGAGUGGAAGAUUGAUGAAGGAGUUAUUCUUUUGAAGCAGAUGAGUCAGAUGGGAUGCUCACCCAAUUUCUUAUCUUAUUGCAUAGUUAUAUGUGGUCUUUGUAAAGUGAAGGGUAGGAUGCAGGCAGUUGAAGAGCUUGUUUCGGACAUGCUUCAGAAUGGACAUAACCUGGAUGCCACUAUGUAUAACUGCUUACUUGGCGGAUACUGUGACGACGGGGAUGAAGAAAUGGCACUAAAGACGUUCUAUGACAUUAGGGACAAGAAGUUUUUUAUCAACCAAGACAUUUUCUGCACUUUUGUGAAGAUGUUGUGUGCAAAGGGAAAAUUGAAAGAGGCGGAGACAGUGUUUGAGGAGAUGCUUGUGCAGGAGAUUCCAGUUAAGCGGAAAGCUGAGGCUAAGGCAACAGAGGAACAAUAA